AUGGAGCUUGGAUCGCCCAUUGAGGAUCCCUCGACCUUGGUAGAUGCCCAUCUGCUAAAAGGAUGCUGCUUGGAAGCGGAGAGGUCAGAUAGUGUCUGGCUGCGGCUUGAAGGCUUGUUCCUCGCCAUACCAGAGCCGAAUCGUCGGCAUUUGAGGCCGCUCAUCGACGAGAUCAAGACUUCUAGCCUGAUUUUGCGAGAGCUGGCUGACCUGUCCCAAGUUCACCAAGACCGCGUGCCACUGGUGCUGGACCCUCUUAAUACCAUCCUGCCGUGCAUGUCACGGUCUCUACGGGACAUCACAACACACUAUGAGAACCGAAAGUUGACCAAAGUAAACCGCUGGCGGACAAUGUACCACGAGAUGACCAAUGAAGCAGGUGGUAUUCAGCUGCCGCAACGGUUCGUUGUGUAUAACCACUAUCUGUCCGCCAUCCGGGACUUGCUAUCCAGAUCACCCAACUUCGACCUCAACAUGAUGGAAGCUUUCCGCCUGCAGAUAAUGAACUUGCGAGAAGCUAGAGGAAUUCCUCCACCUCCGAUACAGGCCGGCCCUUUGGUUCGUUAUGGAACCAUGCUACCUGUAGACAAAGAAUCGUCCGUCCACUGGGCCGAGCAAAUCUUUUCUCUGCCCCUACCAUCUCGGUCACCUCUGAAAAGCGUGCUCCCAUCCGAGUCGUUUGGACCUCACCGGCCCUGGGGCCAUCUCAGCAUCCCUACAAAUUCAAAAGUGUUAUUCCGACGACCCAUUGACGAUGACAAGAUUUCCCUCAUCGCCUAUGCUGAUGGACGAGAUGGCUCACCAUACCUCCUUCUUCGAACAUUUUACAUGGGCGGACCAUGGUUCUCGGUCCGUGGUGUCCACGAGCUGUGUAUCCAGCGUGAGAAUGACUGUAUACAAUUCAAGAGAUGGAGCCGCUCCGAAAACUGCUCCAAGCUCUGGGCAACUUUGCGCUUCCAGACCUGGGAAGAGCUCAUUCUCAUGUACUGCACGUUUCUGGCUCUCAAGUCUCGUAAUACCUUGACAGUCCAGCUGGCAACUAAAGAAUACGCCCUAAAGGGUGAACGGAAGCUCUUUCAAGGGUGCAUUCUGGAUUGCGGGUAUAAGCACGCCCUCAUCGUUUACGAAGAUCGCCUUACAGGCGGCCGCCGCCUCCACGUCGCCGUUUGGGAGGGACAGACCCGUCAGUGUCCCAUCUGGACGGCUUUUGUAACCCACCAAUCUGCGUCGCCCACUUGGCUCAGGCGGGUCAGCCGCAAAAGAAUUCGCCUGGCUGACAUUCAGCUGUACGUUUUCUCCCAGGCGUACCGACAGCAGGAGCAGCGAAAGGGUUCCGGUGGAGCGUUUGAGCUUCAGUUUUUCACUGAAGAAGGUAGGUAG